GAUGGCUAUGGUUUUAAGAAAUCUCAUUUAAGAGCUUUCCCAACUUCAGCUUCUUUCAUCCUACAGUCUGGCCUUAAUAUUGUAACUGCUCUUAAUUAUUUCUUUUUCUCCAGCCUCAAGAAUAGUUUCUUAUACUUUGUUUAUUUUAUGGCUUCUCACCUUGUGCUCUACUAACUACUUUGUUGAGUAUAGUACUAGUAAUUAGCAUUAUAUUGGAGAAAGGUUUCCCUCCAAGCCCUUGAUGUUUUCUUUCAGUGUCUCGGUCCUUCUUUUCCUUACUUUCCCUGAUUCUAACACUGCCCCGAGUUCUUUCUUUUUAUGGUGUUGCACCUAAGAAGACUUCUUGACCAGCUUAUAAUUUAGUCAUUUUUCUUUUCCACUUCUUAUUCAUCUAUCUUGGAAUGGCCAUGAAUAAUUCCAUUUUGACAUUUAUGGUUCUUCUAGUUGGCUUUUUUGUUUUCUGUGAAGGCCAGGAAGACACUUCAAUAGGUCCAAUGGAGAAAAAUGAGCAAGAAGCCCUCUAUGCUGCUAUUCAAGGGUUUGUAGGGAAGUCUUGGAAUGGCUCAGAUCUCUAUCCAGACCCUUGUGGGUGGACGCCAAUACAGGGAGUGUCUUGUGAUCUUUAUAAUGGAUUUUGGUAUGUCAGUGCACUGAACAUUGGACCAGUUUAUGACAACUCUCUCCAAUGUACUAGAAGUGCAGAAUUCACUCAUCACCUAUUCAUGCUCAAGCACCUCAGAAAACUCUCAUUCUUCAAUUGCUUCUUUUCACCACACCAAAAACCAGUAAGAAUCCCCACUUCAAACUGGGAAAAGUUCACAGAAAGCUUAGAAUCCUUAGAGUUUCGAUCAAACCCUGGUCUCAUUGGAACAAUUCCAACCAGUUUUGGUUACCUUAAAAGCCUCGAAUCUCUAGUGCUACUAGAAAAUGGAUUGACAGGUGAAUUACCACAGGAAAUGGGCAGUUUAGUGAAUUUGAGAAGACUAGUCCUUGGUGGAAACAAGCUAUUUGGUCAGAUUCCAGCAAGUUUUGGAGGCUUGAAGGAGCUCUUAAUACUUGACUUAAGCAUGAAUAAGCUAUCCGGAUCAUUGCCUUGGACUUUGGGAAAUUUGACUUCACUCCUAAAGCUAGACUUAAGCAACAAUAUGUUGGAGAAAGAGCUGCCAAGUGCAAUUGGAAACCUAAAGAAUCUCACACUAAUGGACCUUGGGAGAAACAACUUUUCUGGUGGUUUAGUUCAGUCACUUCAAGAAAUGGUUUCCUUAAAAGAGAUGGUGAUGUCCAACAACCCCUUGCUAGGGGGUAAUCUCAAUGGAAUCCAGUGGCAAAAUCUACAAAACUUGGAAUUUUUAGAUCUUUCUAACAUGAAUUUGACAGGGAACAUUCCAGAGUCCAUGACAGAAUUGAAAAGGCUGAGAUUUUUGGGGCUUAACAACAACAAUCUCUCGGGAAGUCUGUCUCCAAGGCUGGCAUCUCUGCCUUGUAUUAGUGCGCUUUACCUUUAUGGAAACGAUUUGGCAGGGAAACUUGAAUUCUCGGAAGGGUUUUAUAGGAAAAUGGGAAAGCGCUUUGGAGCUUGGAACAAUCCGAAUAUAUGUUACCAGACUGAAUUAAUGUUGUCAACAAGCAACGUACCUUAUGGGGUAAAACCAUGUAAGCAAGAAAGAGACUAAAAUCCUUGAGAGAGUUUCAAACUAUUUCCAAGAUGAGUAAUGGAGGGGAACUGGAAUCAAAAUUCCCAUUUUGCAGCUUCUUUGGGAGGCUCAAGCUGUGGGAGUAAUGGGUUUUGGUUAGCUAUCUUUUAUUGUGCAUGAAAUUAUAUUUGUACUUCUUUGAUGUAGCUAGGUCUAAUUGUAGUGCGUCUUCUUGACUUCUGAAUAACAGAAUAGGUUUUAAAUUGACAAA